GUUAGCGCUUGCGCGGCAUUACCAUGGCGAUCUAUUUGGCGUCUGCCCGCCCUGAAUGUAACUGAGUUCUCCCCUAUUGGCUAAUGGCGCAAGAUUUUGUUUUAGACGCCAAUUCUUUCCUCCAGUCAUUGGUGCCUGUACUGGCGCUGUCAGUUUGGGCGGAGCUUAUUUGUUUGUCGAAGUCUGAUUGUGGUGUGGGUAAAUGUGGGGCGCAUUAGUUACUCACAUAUUUACCUCAGGGCCCUGAUAAUCGUGGAAGUAUAUUGUACAAAUGGAAUUAAAUAUGCCAACAUAUAAUGAUCACAUUGAGGAACCAAAAGAUGAUCUUCUGUUAAUGGGCCAACUGAUGCGAGCAGAUUGGGGUAUAAAGAAUGUAGAAGAAAAGCUGUCUGUUGACCAUUCUAGUGAGCAUUCCCUAAGCAGAGCUCCACUGGGGCUCACUUUGGAAGAUCUUGAGCAGCCCGGUAAUCCCAGUGUCAGAGAAAACCUGCUUAGAAGCAGAAACACAGUUGCACAGAAUGGAGGAAACUCUCUAAGGACAUUCAAAGAUAAGCUCAUCAUCACACAACCUGGAUCGUCAAGAAAUACAGAACAACAAAAUAGGCAAUUAAAGGAAAAAUUGAAUUUUCUUCGAGAACAAAAUGCUUCAUUGGUGUCCCAAAACCACUCUCUUAUGAAUAAGAUUGACUGUGUACAGUCAGAAUUAACAAAGUCCAGGUCUAGAAUCCGCUAUGUUGAGUCUACUGUUGGCGCAAGGGCAAUGAGAUUAACUGAUCUGGAGGAGCGAUUAGUAAUCUUGGAAGCCAAAGCUGAAGCUCAAGAAAAAGCCCUUAGAACUACAGAAGAUCAGCUAGAACAUAGUCAGCAUAUCUUGGCUGAAAAAGAGAGCAUUCUACAAAAGUUUAAAGAAGAGCUAAAGAAGCUGAAAGAAGAAUUGUUUGAAUCCUGUAGGUUAUGCAAAAGAACUGAAAAACAGAGAAAUGAGGCACUUUUCAAUGCUGAAGAACUCAAAAAAGCCUUUCAACAGUACAAAAACAAAAUGGAAAAUAAAAUGGAAAAGGUUCAGGAAGAAGGGGAGCUCCUAAAAAAGAAUAUUUUAAGCUGUGAGAAAGAACAAGAGGCUUUGCAGCAAAAGUGUGUAAUGUUGGAAACUGAACUGGAAAAGUCAAGGGAGCUUUUAAGAAAUGUGCAGUCUGAAAAGAUUUCCAGCCAAGAGCGGCAUCAGUGUGUUGAAGCCAAAAAUGCUGAACUUAUUUCUCUGUUAACACAGUCUAAUCAGAGAAUUCUUAGACUUGAAAGUGAACUUGAACAUAAAGGAAAAGUGCUCAAAGAGAACACAAGUCUUCUUGAUGAGAACAAAGCAGUGAAAGAAUGUCCUGCAAAGACAAAACAAGAAACGAUCUCCAAUCAGUUACCAGAACAACCUGCAGAUUCUGUUUCUGAUGACAGCAGAAUGAUUAUUGCAGAGCUAAGGGCAAAACUGUUAAUCAGAGAAGCAGAAAACCGAGAACUUCAAGCCAAACUUACAAACAGAAAGUUACUAACAAACAGCUAUAAAAAUAACCAAGAAAAAGACUGCUUGGAUGAAUUGGAGACCGAACCAGUGAAACUGAACCAACAAAAUACAGCGGAGGAAAAAUACCUGCAGCUCGAGCUCCUCUGCAAGCAGAUUCAGAUGGACAAGGAAAGACUUACAGACCAUGUGAAAGAAUUACAAGGGAAGUUCAGCCGGGCACGGACUGAACUUACCAACACAAAGACUUCCAUGGAACAGAGAACCAGCCAGUUUCAGCUGAUACAACAGGAGUUGCUGGAAAAAGCAUCAAAAGCAACCAAGUUAGAGCAGGAAUUAUUAAAGAAACGUAUGAAGAUCAGUGCGCUUCAGAAGCUGGUGGAAGAAAAGACACAGGUUUAUUCUGCUGCUGAAACCAGGAAUGCAGAAGUGGAAAAAGAGCUUAAGAAAUAUAAAGAUCAAAUAGUCAACCUGGAAGACAAUAUUAACAAAGAACAUGAAGAAGUCCUCUUGACAUUUGAAAAAUCUAAAGAGAUCCAUCUGGAGCAGCAGAAGGAAUUGAUGAAACAGAUAGAACAUCUUCAGAUUCAACUAGAAAUGAAAAAUCUUCAUGCAGGAGAACAAGAACAGACAAUUGCAAUCCUUCAGAAAGAAAAUUUAUCAAAGCAACAACAGCUGGAAUCACUCAAUCAUCUUUUAACACAAGCAAGAAAGGCGCAGGAACUGGAUAUUCAGACAAAGAAUACAAGUACAACAAUAAGAAGUCUAGAAAAUCAAGUGGAGGUAGAAUCUGCUAAGGUGAGUCAUCUGGAGUCUGCUCUGACAGUCUGCAAAGAAGAACUAGCCUUGUAUUUGCACGAGAUAGAGGACAACAGAGAGCAAUUUGAACAUCAAAUCAAAACAAAGUCUGAAGAGUUGUGUUGCUUGCAAAAUGAAGUCAAAUUAAGGACUCUGAGCCUGCAGGAAACAAGUGAGGAAAAUGUUCGCUUGCAGCAAACUUUACAACAGCAGCAGAAUAUGUUGCAACAGGGAACUGCACGAAUUGGAGAGCUGGAGGACCACCAGACAGAGUUAGAAAAACAGGUUUCCAAACUUGAAUAUGAACUUGAGAAGCAAAGAUCCAUCUCAGAAGAUAAGCUUCAGAGGACACAAGAUUUGCUGCAUGCGGCCAAUAGGGAAAUAGGUCUAAAAACCCAAGAAGUACAGGAGGUGUGCUGCACACUGAAUGAGGUUAAACUUGAACUAAAACAUUCCAAGGUGAAAAUCCUGCAAAUGGAAGAAGAGUUGGUCUCCUUCAAAAGCAAAGAAGAAAACAAUGCCAGCAUGUUUAACCAGCUGCAGAAGGAUUUGCAGAAAACACAAGUGGAACUGGACAUGAAAAAAUGUGUUGGGACAGAAUUAGAGGAAAAAUUACACAGUGCUGAAAAGGACAUUAAAAGAAAAGAAGAGAUGGAGAUACAGCUCAGUGCUAUGCAAAAGGAUUUAGAGGGCUAUACAAAACACAUUGAGGAAUUACAGGAAACACUGACAAAAACCCACUUGUCUGUGGAGGAGAAGCAAGUAAUUAUAGAAGGCCUUACAGAAGAGCUGAGAUCAUGUAAGCAAGAACUUGAGGAGAGAGACCACGAAUUGCUAGAUAUGGAUCAGCUGCUAAAAGAUCGCAACUGGGAACUGAAACAGCGAGCUGCACAAUUAACCCAGCUGGACAUGAGUAUUCGGGAGCACAAAGGAGAGAUGGAACAAAAAAUUCUAAGACUGGAAAGUGCUUUGGAGAAAGCUAAAUUAGAAGACCGGGAUCAUAUUAAGGAGAUCACAUCUUUAGAUGAAAGAUUGCAACAAACAAGAGAUCAGCUCUGUGAAAAAGAUUUUGACUUGGUGCAAAAAGACCAAGUUAUAAAUCAACUGAAGAAGGACAUUGAGCGAAGUCAGCAAACAAUUACUGAUAUGGAAAAGACUUUAAAAGUGCAGGAGCAACGUAUCUCAGAAAGGCAUCAAGACGGUAUGGACCUCAGCAAGCAAUUACGCCUUGCCCAAGAACGAAUGCAUUUCUCCCAGCAGGAGCUCCUAAAAACCCGACAACAGUUGGCUGAGGCUCAGAAAGAAUCAGACAGGCUUACACAACAGCUAGAAGGAAUGGAUCUCAUUUCCAAAGAAAAGCUGCAGCAUGCAGAACAAAUGUUAGAAGAAACAAAUGAAACAAUAUGUAAUCUAAAGAUGGAACUUCAGGCCAGGAACGAGGUCAUCAAAGCAACAAAUGAAGUAUUGAUACUAAAGGAAUCUGAGUUAACACGGCUGAAAACCCGGAUUUCAAGCUAUGAAAGAACAUUAGGCCUUAAGCAGCUGUCAGACACUACUGCUAACCCAUCAGUAUCUUUUAUAGAUCACCACCCUAUGGAAUCAUACAAACAUCCUGAGGCUUCAGACUUGUGGCGGCUCAGCCCACCACUCAGUGCCAGUAAUCUAAGUCUGACAGACAUGAGCUCUUUGGAGUUGCCUAAAAGCAUGUUGGAAGUUAUGAAGGACCUGGCUCCACCAGACUCUCCACCAAUGAAGGAUACUAGCGAGGGGGCAUCUUGUGUGUCUUCUGAUAGUCUGAACAAUUCUUCAUUUAACCCUCUUACAUACACGUUGGAUGAAAACUGUGAUUUUACUUCUGACUGCCCAGACCUAACAACUCUUAGUGGAAUGCUUAAAUACAUAAAGAAAGAGAUGAGAUUAUCUGAAUAUCCAGCGGAACAUAGCCCCAGCAAGGAUGCUGAGAUUGAUGGCGGAUUCUUAGGAUAGCAGGUUUUUCCAUGAAGUAAUAAAGGAUUGUUAAACUCGUGGCCAUAAUUCAAGUUGCCUGUGGGGUUAGCAGUGAGAAAUGAAUUAAGCAUGUUACUUACUUAGUGAGGGCACAUAUUAAAAUGUUUCUUAUUUGAAAUCUACAGGUUUGCAAUGUAUAUUAAUAGAGAGAAAGAAUAAAUGGCUAUUGAAAGAGAAACUGAAGCCAAUGAAGUUUAAUAUUAUUGAGCACCAGAAGUUAGGUUGCUCCCAUGGAGAAUAAUAACUUCCAACUUUCAGUGAAGGGUCUGAGCUAUAUUUUGGGGCGCAGUUUCGCCAGUCCUGCUGAAACAAAGUGCCAUCCCCAAGACAUUGGUUACCCUAAACCUCUUUGUCUUGUAUAGUAAAUACGCCCAUGUACUAGGGCUUUACUCUUACUUUGAACUGUAAAUGCAUUCAUGAAACAAGUUGGUAAUGUAUAUUCUUAUAAUUGAUUCAGCGGAUGAAAUAUCCAUUAUGAGUGACAGACACUGGAAGGGAAAUAAAGGCACAUGAUCAUUUUCUAAGCAAUCUUUUAUUGAUGCACUUUUAUUAUUUAUUUGUAUCAUAGUUUUAUUUAUAUGUUUACUGUUUUUGUAGACUUUUGUGACAUCUACUGUGUGAUUAUUUGUACAAUUUUUAUACCAUAAAUUGUGUGAAAACAAUCUGAAAUAAAAUUAUUCAAAACAUA